GAUUGGAUUUAGAUUGAAUCGGCCCCUACAGAAAUUCACCAGAGUCGUGAAUUAUAUGUAUUUCCCAAUUUCAAUUAGAAAAUUAUUUCAUUGUUAGUUGCCUAACGACGACUAAAAUAAAAAAUAAAAAACACGAGCACAAUCUAAUUGAAAGUCCCCCUCUUCUGCUCUCUGCCAUAUUAUUGAUAUUCAGAUAUUCAGAGGGCGAGAGCGAGAGAGAAAGAGACAAAAAGAAGAGAGGGUUUUUGGUGUUCGGAGUGAGGUUGAGUUUGAGAUGGAGAGCAGCGCCGUCCUUGGAGGUCUUCAGCCAAAUUUCCCACUUUGCCCCUCCCGCAAUCCUUCUUCCACUCCUCUCCUCCACCCCUUCUCCACCUCCCAUUCCUCUCCUUCUCUCUCUGUCAAGCUCCAAAAGCAGCUUCCUUUGGCUUCUUAUCAAGCAGCCUCUCCCUCUCCCUUUCGUCGAUAUUCCACAUUGUCUAAUACUUUUGUCAAUGAAACAAGUGAAUUAGCUGACAUAGAAUGGGACAGCCUCGGCUUUGCGUUUCUUGCUACUGAUUAUAUGUACGUCAUGAAAUGUGCCCAAGGUGAAAACUUUUCUAAAGGUGAAUUACAGCGUUUUGGGAACAUUGAAUUGAGCCCCUCAGCUGGAGUCUUGAACUAUGGGCAGGGAUUAUUUGAAGGUAUGAAAGCCUACAGGAAACAAGAUGGUAAUAUACUCUUGUUUCGUCCUGAGGAAAAUGCAUUGCGGAUGAGGUUGGGUGCAGAGCGAAUGUGUAUGCCAUCACCAUCUGUCGAACAGUUUGUGGAAGCUGUAAAGGCUACUGUUUUAGCAAAUAAACGUUGGGUUCCCCCUCCAGGCAAAGGUUCCCUGUAUAUCAGGCCAUUGCUAAUGGGAAGUGGUGCUGUUCUUGGUCUGGCACCUGCUCCUGAGUACACAUUUCUGAUUUAUGUUUCACCCGUUGGAAACUAUUUUAAGGAAGGUGUUGCACCGAUAAAUUUGAUUGUUGAGCAUGAAUUGCAUCGUGCUACUCCUGGUGGCACUGGAGGUGUUAAGACUAUAGGGAAUUAUGCUGCGGUUCUGAAGGCUCAGUCUGCUGCAAAAGCAAAAGGCUAUUCUGAUGUUCUAUACCUUGAUUGUGUUCACAAAAGAUAUCUAGAGGAGGUUUCCUCAUGCAACAUUUUUGUUGUGAAGGAUAAUAUUAUCUCUACUCCUGAAAUCAAAGGAACUAUCUUACCUGGCAUUACUCGAAAGAGUAUAAUUGAUGUUGCUCGUAGCGAAGGAUUCCAGGUUGAGGAGCGCCAAGUGGCAGUUGAUGAAUUACUAGAUGCUGAUGAAGUCUUUUGUACGGGAACAGCGGUGGUUGUAUCACCUGUUGGCAGCAUCACUUAUCAUGGGAAAAGGGUGUCUUAUGGAGAGGGCGGGUUUGGAGCUGUGUCGGAAAAGCUCUACUCUGUGCUUACCAGACUACAGAUGGGCCUCACACAGGACAAGAUGGAUUGGACUGUUGAGGUAAGGCAAAAAACAUACUGAAGUGAAAAUCCGAGUUUUACACCCCCGCUGCAGGUGAUGCAAAUCACUAUCAAUCCUUUGGUAGACUGCUGGUUAUUUCUUGUUUACCUUGUUUGUUUUACUAUUUCCCUCUGUUUGUAGAUAGUCCGUUCUUGAACUGCGAUUUGGCAUUUUCGUUCAGAUUUCUUAUUAAUUAACAUUUCUCAUAUGCUCUACCUCAGUAGCUACUUAUUAGAUUCAAUGGUAUUAUAAAUAUUUAGUUCUAUUUUAAA